CACGUCCACAUGUGGUGAAGACGACACCUCCAUCACCGUCCACUCCUUCUCGUCCGUUUCUGCGCGCAACAUGGUCACGGAACAGCAGCAGCCGGCGGUGGCGCGCGUGCAGGAUGUCAUCACCACCUUCCGCCCGUGUCGUCUUUUCAAGGCACCUCCGCCUGCUGUCUACACCUCCAUCGACUUCGACGAUAGCGGCGAGUUCCUGCUACUUUCGCGCUCCGACGACACCAUCCAGCUCUUUAACAUCAAGGCUGGCCAGCACGCCAAGGAGCUCAAGUCGCAGAAAUAUGGCAGCACGCUCGCCCGCUUCACCCACCACAGCACCUCCAUUAUCUACGCCUCCACCAAGCACAACGAUGACAUCCGCUAUCUGUCCAUGCACGACAACUCCUUCAUCCGCUACUUCAAGGGCCACACCGCCCGCGUGACCAGCCUGAACCUCAGCCCGAAUAACGAUCAGUUCAUGAGCGCAAGUAUGGACGGCACUGUGAAGCUGUGGGAUGCCCGCUCGCCCAACGCUCAAGGCCAGCUGGUAUUCGAAUCGCCGUGGUUUACCGCAUACGAUGCGAGCGCCUCUGUCAUCGCCAUCGCCUCGCCACCGGCUCAGACCAUUGCCCUGUACGAUCUGCGCAAUUACGAUAAGCCGCCGUUUGACACGUUCGAUCUGCGAGAUGUAGAGCAUCAAUUCCGGAGUCAAGGUCAAAAAGGCGGCGAGGGCUGGUUGGGCAUGGAGUUCUCCAACAACGGGAAGUACUUGAUGAUAUCCACGAAUGGGCCAGGACACUACAUCCUCGAUGCAUUCUCUGGCGAGUUGAUCCACUACCUUCAAAAACCAGGUGGAGCGGACUACAGUCAUCACGCUCCUGGUGCCGACCUCUCGACUGCGAUGUUUGGAGAAGGCAACACACCUUCAUACGUCCAGUCGAGUGCUUGCUUUUCACCAGACGGAAGAUACGUUGUCGGAGGAAACGGGAGGUCCGCCAAUCUGCUCGUUUGGGACUGCGCAGAGGAGCCCAGGCCCGACAAGGUAUUGGAGCCCUCCGCGGACCUGCCGAGCCAAAAGCCAGCCAAGGUGGUUGCAUAUAACCCGCGACACAACCUACUGGCCACUGCAGACAAGGACAUGAUGAUGUGGUUACCUGAUCCUGACGCGUAACUACGGUGCGACUCCAAUUAGCUUUGUUUCGAUUGUGCGUUCGAGCGUGGCGCUACGGAGUUUAAAUAACAGGCGAGACGCCUCAUGGACUAUCCAAGCAUCGCAUGCCAGAGGGCAACAGUAAUGCGAACGUUCCAGAAGAGACCACUUCGCGCCGAGAAAGAUAUGCGAAUCGUAUGGCAGGUACGGCAUUCACAUACUCAGACUCGCGACGCAGUCCCACCUUUGAGAAGACCUCCAAUCCACACAG